AUGGACAUGCCCGAGACCGACGACGUCAUCUUGCUGAAGGGGUGCUAUUUGGAGGCAUACCGAUCUGAUGACAUUGCUCUCAAGUUAGAGGGCUUGCGUAUUGCAUUGAACGAACCCAGCACUUCUUAUUUGGCCGUUACCGUCAGGGAAAUCGGUAGCGUUGCUCGUCGUCUUCGCGAAUUAGCCGACAUUGCUCAGGUGAACCGAGACUGCCUGGCCUAUGUGCUGGACCCCCUGAACAUUGUGUUGCCCUGUCUGUCCAAGUCCUUGAGGGAUAUCAAGACCCAUUAUGAUCGGUGUUCGCUGUCAAAGGAAAAUCGAUGGAGGAAUAUGUAUCAUUGCAUGAAGGAUGAAAAGGUUGGCUUUUCAUCUUUACGUGUGGCGGCGCUGGCUAAGAUUCGUCCUAACAAUGUAAUUCAGAACACCCUCUUCAAGGUACAAGAUGAAAAGUCUCGAGCGUCGAAUACUCCGUUUACGAGAGGCCAGGGGAAUUGGCCUGAUAUCGCUCUAACUUUAGUUCAGGCCCGCCGUGUGUACUUCAAGCAGGCCCGCUUGUUCUCCAUUCAGGAUAUCCAUAUCGAUUGGACCCGGUCUGUUCGGCCAAUAACCCACUGGGCUGAACAUAUCUUCUCUUCUCCCUGGCCGCGGACGCCAAUUAAAAAUGCGGCACAGUCCUUCGACGGUGAUAAAGUAUCGCUUAUCGUGUUCUUGAACUCGCAAGACGACUGUGCAUAUCUACUCCUCCGAAUGUUCAAAGAUGAGAAGCCGUGGUUUUCACUUCGCGGUGCCCACGAACUUUGCAUCAAGAGACGCGGCAACUCAUUGCAAUUUCGUCGUUGGAGUAUGAAUGCCAAUAACUCCAAGAUUUGGGCCAGAUUAUGUUUCAACGCAUGGGAAGAUAUAGUCCUCAUGUACUGCACCUUCGUAUCCCUCAAGGCAAGGAACCAUCGUACCCUCCAAUGCGGCCGCAAGGAGCUGGCACUGGGCAAGGAGAAAAGGCUCUUCCAAGCGUAUGGACCUAGGGCUUUCACUUUCUCGACACGGAAGUAUACUAACCAAUUCCUAACCGAACAAGCCAGAUACACAAACUGGAUUAGGCGAGGCUCCUCUCGUCGCAAAGUCUGGCUAUCGGAGAUCCGACUCUUUGUAUUCUGCAAGCAGUAUCGAGAACAUAGUCAGCGCAAAGGACCAGCUGGCGAGUUUCAAAUCAACUUUGUCAGCGAUCGCGCUGCUGAACACUUUGAAAGCCUCUUUUACCCAUUUCAACUGGUAGCUUCACGACUGAAAUGA